AUGGAGGACGAAGCUGGGCUUCUUCAUGUGAGCAGAACUAAACGAUGUUUUCCCCCACCUCCUGAUAACACAGAGCAGCAACCUUGUAAGGUUCGGUUAAUGGAGCUUGAUCCAGACACUGGUACCGAGACAUUGCCAGCCAUUCAAACAGUGCAUGCUGCAACCAUUACUUCAACAGCAUCGUCAGUAAGCCUGACUCCCACAGUUGAUAAGUCCAACUCAUCUGUAAGUAAUUUCCAGCCAGAAACGACCGAGACCUACUCGGAGCCUUUAUUCUCCUCUCUUCGUAGCCAUCAUGCAAAUAAUCGUUGCCAGGAAAGAAAGGCAUUGAACUCUAAAGAUUUUUACACACCUCACUGUCCAAAUGUCCACAGCCAGUUUGAACCAAAUAAAUCCCAACCGCAGCAGGUGGAAAUUCCACACCGGAUAUGGCAGUGUUCACCACCUCAGCAAGAAUCUUCACCUUCUUUGAAGAGUUCUACUUGCAAAGAUAAAAAUAGUCCAAACUCGGCAUGCAAUCAUUCGGAUGAAGAUGUGCUGCCUUCGUCAAGAUGCCAAAACAUUCUCGAGCUUCCAAACAGCAUUCUUUUAUACAUCUUCCAGUAUUUGACCAUUUCACAGCGGCUCUGCUGUGUAGCCCUGGUAUGUACCAAAUGGUAUGAAUUGAGUAAAGACCCUUCUUUAUGGCGAAUCAUUUGCUUUCAAGACCUGACUCACAUGUGUAUCACCGAUGAAAUUCUCGACAAGGUCACCUCAUACAGCAAUCAUGUGAUCCAUUUGGAUCUUUCAAACAUCAUGGGCUUCACGCUUAAUGGAAUAUCUUCUCUGCUCAAAAAAUGUCGGCAUUUAAUUUAUUUAUCUCUUAAAGGUUGCUGCUGCCUCCCCGAUUCAGCAUUUCGUCUCAUUAGCCAGCAUCUGCCUGACUUGCAACAACUGUGUCUUGAUGACUGUUUUGCAGUUACUAAUGAAACAAUGAUAGAGAUUUUCAUCAAUUGCUCCAAAUUGACUCAUGUCAGUGUCAGUUCACAUUUAAAUUCCAAAGCUGUCCUUACAUUGGCCAGUCAUUGCCCAGGGCUCAAACUUCUCCACAUUUCCUAUUGUGAAGCUGUGGAUGCCUUGGCUGAAUUGUUUCAGAAAUGUAAACAACUUGAAAACAUCAACAUUUCCAACUGUCCCCUCACUGACCAACACCUGAUGCACCUGUCAAAGCUUUCAAAUUUGAAACAUAUCUACCUGAAUUCAGUUAAUAUGUCAUCAAAAGCUGCCAAGGAGAUUGCUAAGAACUGCACUCAGUUGCAGACAAUGUCUUUGUGCUUCAACGACUGUGUAGAUGAUGACUGCAUUGCAACAGUUGCUCGUUAUGCACGUAAUUUGAAGGUACUAAAAUGCAUCCGAUGCAGUAUCACUGAUCAAGGUUUGACCGCCAUUGGCCAAAAUUGUCACAAUCUGCAGAAACUGGAUGUGAGUUUUUGCAACCAGAUCAGCAACGAAGGCGUAAACUUUGUUUCCAACAAAUGCAGCAAACUGCAUUUCCUGGGAUUGUUCUCUUGUGAGAAUGUGGAAACUGACUUUCUCCUUGAACUCGAGAAGAAUUAUCCUCACAUCCUUUUUUAUUGCUUCAACCUUGAAUACAACCGUCUAAUUAAAAGAGCUAGUGAACAGGGCUAUUUAUGA